AUGGCUUGGCUAGGUGUUUCUAUACCCUGGAUUUCCACGAAGCCCGAGGCCAAAUCUGCCGCGAGUUCCGGCUCCGAUGCGCGCGCUGUGACAAAGCCUAAGCCUUGCUGUGUUUGCAAGGACGAGAAGUCUAAGCGCGACGAAUGCAUGCUUUUCUCGAAAGCAGCCGAUCCCACCUCCGAUUGCAAGACGACCAUCGAUGAGUAUCGAACAUGCAUGGCCGGAUUCGGAUUUCAGGUUUAA